CAUUGCAUUUAGUGCAACGUGGGUAAGCCUAAAAUCACAAAUUGUCACAAUUGUCAUAAUUGUCUUAACAGAAUACAUUUAAAGUUAUUAUUCAAUCGCGAUUAAUAAUAAUAAUAUUUAAAUUUAUCAACGGUUUCAGUGUUUCAGAUCGCACAUGUAUUUUUUAUUUUGAAAAAUACAUUAAUAUUCCAAGGCACCAAGUAAACCUGUUUGCAUAACUAUAUUAAGGAUAGUAUAGAUAACGAUAUGCAAACCUACUGCGAUUGUCUUUUAGAUAGAACAGCGUGAGUAGUAUAAGGUAUGACAUAUAACGUCUUAUUGGAAGAUCUGAUUAACGACCUAGGAGGAUGCGGACUGUAUCAGUGGAUAUUGGCAAGUAUUGUGCACGUUGGCAAAACUAUGGCGACGUGGAGCAUGAUAACUAUGACGUUUGCAGGUCAGAGUCCGGGAUUCUUGUGUGGUAGUGGUCAAUAUGAAACCAAUGAGUCACUGGCUAACAUAUAUAAUGAUAGUAUAGUUGACGUAUGUAGCAGUAAUGGAAGCAGCUGUACGAAUUAUGUGUUCGAAGAUGAUAUGACGACGAUUGUUACAGAGUUUGAUCUCGUCUGUGACAAGAAAUGGAUCCCAGCAACAAUCACAACUAUACAGAUGGCUGGAGUACUUCUUGGAUGCUUAGUUUCAGGACAUCUGGCUGAUAUGAUUGGCAGGAAACCGACAUAUUUCAUUGCUAUUUUGGUUACUGUUGUGUUCAAUAUAGCUGGUUAUUUCUCACCUUCGUGGCAAGUUUACUCUGCCUUGAGAUUUCUCAUUGGUAUAGGCAUCGGUUUCUAUCUUACUGUACAAUACAGUUUUACUAAUGAGUUUGCUUCUGCCAAAUGGCGGCCACCAAUAGUGACUACACCAUCCUGGGCCACUGAAGCCAGUCUUUUUGCCUUGGUAGCGUGGGGAUUACAUGAUUGGAAAAAGAUUCAUCUGGCUAUUGCUUGUGUUGGCACUCCCUUCUUAUUUACAUGGUGGAUAAUGCCAGAAAGCUUCCGCUGGUUGGUUACAAAACAACGGUUCAAAAAAGCACAGACUGUUGUCAAUUUUAUUGCGAAAGUCAACAAGGCAGAUCAGCCAUCACUUGAUAAAAUAUUUGCUGAGGCGAAAAUAAAUACCGAUAAAGACGAUACAAGAAAACAUUACUCCUUUCUGGAUUUAUUCCGGACAAGAGAGAGUACAAAGAUCACAAUUGGUUUACUGUUUGCAUGGUUUGCAGCUAGCUAUGGAUAUUAUGGUAUAACGUUUGGUGUGAAAAGUUUGUCUGGUGAUUUAUAUAUGAAUAUGUUUCUUAUAAACGUUGUCGAGACACCUGUUAUGGUUCUUACGGCAUUUCUAGUGAACUGGUUUGGCAGAAAAAAGGUGUGUUUUACAUUUUACAUUCUGGCUGGUGUGUCCGGUAUUAGUGUCGGUGUAAUACAGCACUUUGCAUUACCAGUAAAUGGAACUCUCACAAAUGUUAUUGCACUUUUGUCAAAGUUGAGCGUUGCAAGUGGUUGGCAAGCUAUGAUAGUAUAUACAACGGAGAUAUAUCCCACUGUUGUAAGGACAAUAGCAUAUGGAGUACAUAGCACAGCUGCUCGUGUUGGUGGAAUGGUCGCACCACAAAUUGUUUUCCUUGACGAUGAUAUACCGGGGAUUUUAUAUUUUCUGAGUGGUGUUUUAAUGAUGAUCUCGGCUGUAGUCAUGAUGUUGUAUAGGGAAACUAAAGAUGCUGUGUUAGAAGAUAUGCUCAAUGUUGAAGUUAAGAUAGAGGACAAUCUGGAGAAAAACAAAGAUGUUCAAUUAAGCUCUUCCACUAAUCUGUGAAAUUGAUAU